AUGUCGGAUCACGAGUUCGGCGCCACCGUCCAGAAGAUUGUAGGUGAAAUCCUGCCACCACACGGGGGAGUAGCUUUCGCAAAAGAGGCCAGAGAUCUCCUGAUUGAAUGCUGCGUGGAAUUCAUCACCCUCAUUUCUUCCGAAGCCAACGAAAUUUCCGAAAAGGAGGCCAAAAAGACCAUUGCCUGUGAUCACAUUACAAAGGCCCUCGAGCAGCUUGGCUUUUCCGACUACGUGCCCGCUGUGCUUGAAGCUGCUGCCGAGCACAAGGAGGUUCAGAAGGGCCGAGAAAAGAAGGCGGACAAAUUUGCCAACAGCGGCAUGUCCAUGGAAGAACUAGCGCGUUUGCAAGAAGAACAGUUCGCCCAGGCCAGACAGAGGCAUGGAUAA